GUGCAGCCAGGAGCCUUCCCGUCCUGUCAUCUCUCACCGCUCACGGUAAAAACGACAUGGCCUCCGACGGCAUGGACGAGCGAUCCCCGCUCCUGUCGACCCCCAAUUCCGAGAAUGUGACCCCCACUGCACCCCCCUACCUGCAGGAUUCAAGUCCCAGAGCCGAACUACCUCCUCCCUACACAGCCAUCGCCAGCCCCGAUGCCGGCGGUGUGCCUGUCAUCAACUGCCGCGUAUGCCAGUCUCUCAUCAACCUGGAUGGCAAGCUGCAUCAGCACGUGGUCAAGUGCACAGUCUGCAACGAAGCUACGCCCAUCAAGAACCCGCCAACAGGGAAAAAGUAUGUGAGGUGUCCCUGUAACUGCUUGCUUAUCUGUAAAGACACAUCCAGGAGGAUAGGAUGCCCGCGACCAAACUGCAGACGCAUCAUCAACCUGAGCCCGGUGAUGGUGAUCCCAGAGGAGCAACCCGCCCAGCCGGCACUGCCCAUCCAGCCUGAGGGGAUGAGAGUGGUUUGCGGUCACUGUGGCAACACCUUCCUAUGGAUGGAGCUUCGGUUUAACACACUAGCCAAAUGUCCCCACUGCAAAAAAAUAUCUUCUGUUGGCAGUGCGCUCCCCAGGAGGCGCUGCUGUGCUUAUAUAACUAUAGGAAUGAUCUGCAUUUUCAUUGGAGUGGGUUUAACAGUUGGUACUCGGGACUUUGCCAGUCGUUACAAUGCCACUUAUGUGUCCUGGGCAUUCGCCUACCUGCUUGGCCUCAUCUGUCUGAUACGAGCCUGCUACUGGGGAGCGAUCAAAGUCAGCUAUCCAGAGAAUAGCUUUGCCUAGGGUGGGCAUGGCCCUGCACGGCUGA